AUGAGCUUUGCCAGUGGAUGUAUGCCUAUCUCAUUCGAAAAACUUUUCGAGGUAUCCAGUGGAGACAAAGUUAGCAGAGAAAAUUGGGGAAUGUUUCCUCAUUUUUAACAGGAUUCUGCUGGGAAUACGACAAUUGCAAAAACAAAAGAAAAGAUGAAACGUGGCGAUGAGAAAAUCACCGACGAGGCGGCGAGAAAUGCAGCAACACAAUUACUCGAUCAAAUUCAGGACACUCCCGGCAAAAUUUCUCUGAGCUUGGGAACUUCCCAAGUUGCAAACGUAUGUCCGAUCCCAGCAAGUUUUAAUAAAACUGUUGAUACAAACUGGACAGUCGACCAGCUUCAAGAAGGACAGUUGGCAAUGCUCUUGGCUCAGGACGUCGGAAAGUUUAGGCCCUUGGGAAUCAAGAAUAUCAAGAAGGGAAAUAUCGAGACACAGAUUCUUCCGCGACAAAUAGACCCGAAGGAAAUUUUGGAAAACUUGAACAAAGAAGACAAUGCCAGUGAUCAUUAUGUCGGCUAUGCCGCUGCCGUCGCCAGUGUUCUUAGAAGAUGUGACGCUAAAACUGCACAAAGAAUAACAGAAGCCAUAACAGCCGCAAUCGAAAAAGAGGCUUCAAGCUGGAUUUAUUUAUCUAUGUAUUAA